AUGGUACAUUGUUAUAAUAUUAAUGAAGAAAUAGAUUUUGAUAUAGAAAUGGAUAACUUUGAAUAUGAAUUAUUCCAAGAUGGAAAUGCAGCAGCAGGAGGAACAUCAAGUGGAAUGGGAGAAACUGGUCUUACUCGUGUAGAAAAUACAGUUCAAACUAUAGAAACAAAAUUAACAGAAAUGGAUGAACUUGAAAGACAAUUAUUAAUUGCUAUUGAUAAUGAUAUGAAUAAUGAUAAAACUAAAUUAAGUAAUAAUAAAGUUGAUGCAGCAAAAAGUGCACAAAAAAUAAGUGAAGAAAAAGAAGCAUUAGCAAAAUUAAAAGAUAUUCGUCCUCGUUUAAAAGAAAAAAUGAGAGAAGUUAUUAAAGUUUUACCAAAAAGAGAACAAUAUCGAUUAUUAAGAAAAAUGGAUUUAAGACAUAGAUUUUCUUUAGGAACUGAAAUGGAUACAGCUUAA